AUGUAUCUGAUGAUUUUUAUGUUGUAUCUGUGCAAAAAAAAUAAGGUCGCCCUCAUCGCCAUUGGUCGAGUAACCACUGACCGCACCAACAGGCGCUCCAGUAACGCACCGCGUGUCCUGCGGUCCGUGACUGAUCAUCCCAUUGUCAAGGCCGGGUAUAAAUACCGGGGUCAGACGAGCAGAUCUUCACUUGUGUCCUCACGGGCCUGCAGUGCGGAUCUCCUGGUGAUCUGCUUUUCAUCAUUCAUAUUUCCUUCAGUUCAUCUCAUUGAAGAUCUCGUAAACUCAAGCGCUAUAUUAACUUCAGCAAGAAAAGUCAUGGACAACGCUGAGGAUUUCUCAACGUCAACACAACUGAGUAGUAAAAAUACCAGGGGUAUCCGUGAUCCCAUUUACGUCAACGAAGAGCACGACAGCGACCAUGAAGAUAAUCAUGAACACCACCAUCAUCAUGAUGAAGACGAUGAAUACAUCUAUAAGUUCUCAAUAAAACAAAUGUAUAUUGAUACCAUGAACCUUGACUGGUCCAAGGUCAUAUGGAACAUGGUCAUUUGUGAUGCGGCUCUGCAUUUACUGGCACUGGGGGGCUUGUAUUUAUGUAUAAUGGGUCAGAUUAGGGGGAAUAGUAUUUUAUUUACUGUAGUCUCAGCCAUUAUAUCUGGACUGGGAGUGACGAUGGGAGUUCACCGACUCUGGGCCCACCGCUCCUACAAAGCCGUGUUUGCCGUCCGGCUCGUCCUCAUGUGCCUGCACUGCGUUGCGUUCCAGCACAGCAUUUUCUCAUGGAGUGUGAACCACCGCGUGCACCACAAGUGGCCUGACACCGACAGGGACUUGACAAACUCCAGAAGAGGGUUCUUCUUCGCGCACAUGGGCUGGAGAAU